UCGCAGCCUUUAAAAGCAGCAGGAGUUCAAAGUCAGGCAGAAUUAACACAUAGCCGUACGCUUGGUAUACGAGAGAAUGUCUUGGACUCCACUAUGUUCACUUUUUCUCCUGGCAUGUGCCUUGACUCCAAGUGUCAGUCAAAACAGUUGCAGAGGGAGAUGCGGUAUUGAGUACUACAGAGGUUACCUCUGCCAGUGUGACUACAGCUGUAUAGCCUAUGGCGAAUGCUGCCUUGAUUUUGAAACUUAUUGUACCACAAAGAACUCCUGUAGAGGUCGAUGUGGGGAAACGUUCAAGAGAGGCCAACUGUGUAGCUGCGACUCUGAUUGUGUUAAAUACAAGCAGUGUUGUCCAGAUUACAAGAUCCACUGUGAUGCAGAAGAGGAAACUGUAAAUGAAGCAGAACAGCCAUUCAGCGGGGCAAAUGAUGAAGAUAAUUAUGAAAUUCCACUGGUGAAGCCAAUAUCCUUUCCACAAGAUGCCAGCGAUGAGGAGCCAGAGAGCACUAGUGGGUACGAGUCGACACCAGCCGAGUCAUUGGAUCCAGUUUCCAAUCAGCCCACCUUGAUAACAGAAACUCCAAAAACAAGCACGGAAGCAGUUUCAUUGGCGAUGACGCCAACAGAAGACGUUGAAUCAAACACUCUUGACAUGGCUGAUGGCAGCACAGCCACUGACGAUGCAGAUCGCAGUGAUAUCACUGCUUUUCCAGACUCAGGAAAAACAUCAGCAUCCGACCAAAUUUCUGACAAACUCACUCCAACUUCAGCACUCCAACCAGAAUCUUUGCCCGCAACUGACACCACGCUACAAAACACAGCACAGACCAAUGUUCCGACUAAAGCUGCUUCUAACACAACAGAAGGAACACCCUUGUUUUCUACUGAAGCUCCGAGCAUACCUGCAACUUUAUACCCUUCACAAGAGUCCUCAAUAGCUCCAGUGGCAACAGAACCCUCACAAGACCCCUCCACAUCUUCUGCACCACCGGAACCCUCACAAGAGCCCUCCACAUCUUCUGCACCACCGCAACCCUCACAAGAGCCCUCCACAUCUUCAGCACCACCAGAACCCUCACAAGAGCCCUCCACAUCUUCUGCACCACCGGAACCCUCACAAGAGCCCUCCACAUCUUCUGCACCACCGGAACCCUCACAAGAGCCCUCCACAUCUUCUGCACCACCGGAACCCUCACAAGAGCCCUCCACAUCUUCUGUACCACCGGAACCCUCACAAGAGCCCUCCACAUCUUCUGCACCACCGGAACCCUCACAAGAGCCCUCCACAUCUUCAGUAUCACCGGAACCCUCAAAAGAGCCCUCCACAUCUUCAGUAUCACCGGAACCCUCACAAGAGCCCUCCACGCCUUCAGUAUCACCAGAACCCUCCACAUCUUCUGCACCACCAGAACCCUCAGAAGAGGCCUCCACAUCUUCAGUACCACCAGAACCUUCACAAGCAUCCUCGACAUCUUCAAUUCCAUCAGAACCCCCACAAGAGUCCUCCAUAUCUUCUGUGGCACCAGAUCCUUCAAGAUCUUCAAUACCACCAGAUCCCUCUCAAGCAUCCUUCACAGCCUCAGUACGAACAGAACCCUCACAAGAGUCCUCCACACAGUCAAUAUCAUCAGAACCCUCACAACAGUCAAUAUCACCUGAACCCUCACAAGAGUCCUCCACAUUUAUAAUGCCACCUGAAUCCUCACAAGAGUCAUCCAUGCCUUCAGUAUCACCAGAGCCGUCACAAGAGUCCCCCACACCUUCAGUGGCACCGGAACCCUCAAAAGCCUCCUCUACGUCUUCAGUACCAAAAGAAACAUCACAAGACUCCUCCACAAUUUCCGUACCACCAGAACCCUCGCAAGAGUCAUCCAAACCUUCAUUAUCACCAGAACCCUCACAAGCCUCCUCUACAUCGUCAAUACCAUCAGAACCCUCACAAGCAUCCUUUACAUCUUCAGUACCACCAGAUCCUUCACAAGAGCCUUCCAGAUCUUCAGUACCCCCAGAAGGCUCACAAGAGUCCACCACACUUUCAGUAGCACCAGAACCCUCACAAGAGUCCUCUACCCCUUCAGUGGCAACAAAACCCUCACAAGAGUCCUCCGCCCCUUCAGUGGAAAUAGAACCUUCACAAGAGUCCUUCAUAUUUUCAGCAGCACCAGAAUCCUCACAAGAGUCCUCUACCCCUUCAGUGGCAACAAAACCCUCACAAGAGUCCUCCGCCCCUUCAGUGGAAAUAGAACCUUCACAAGAGUCCUUCAUAUUUUCAGUUGCACCAGACACCACACAAGAGCUUUCGACAGCAGCCGAAAGCUCUGAGGCACCUAACGUUCCUGGUUCAACAACAAUACUCCCACCAUCAAUCGCAACCACAUUAGUCGUUGCAACAAGUGGCCCUUCCGUUCUGACGGACACUCAGAAUCACUACACUGGAGUUUCUACCGUGGGGUCCGUCCUUGAUGUCACGACAACUGUAAAUCCCUCAUCUACAGACACAGCACACAGUGAUUCUACAGAUGACGUUACCCAUGCAUCACCUUCUGUCGAUCCAGUAACAGAAACCCAAAAACCAACUGGCCCUCGAUUAACCAAACCCACAUCGAAACCUCAGGAUGAGCCAAAGCUUUCACUGACGACCACAAAAGCUCCCACGAAUAAACCUGCUCCUAAACCAGUGGCAUCAGCAGUGACUGUGGAUAAUUCCAGAGACUUUCAAAGAGAUGACAACAAUGACACAAACUUGUGCAGUGGACGGCCUGCCAGCGCUGUCACGACACUGAGGAACGGCACAAUAGUGGUCUUCAGAGGUCACUACUUCUGGUCUUUGGACAGAAACAGGUCACCCGGUCCUGCCCGUGAUAUCACACAAGCGUGGGGCGUCCCGUCCCCAAUUGACACAGUGUUUACCCGUUGCAAUUGUCAAGGGAAAACAUACAUCUUUAAGGGGAACCAGUACUGGAGAUUUGAAAACAAUAAUUUGGACCCGGGUUACCCAAAGGCUGUCGAGACAGGCUUUGAUGGACUUCGAGGUCACAUCACAGCGGCUCUGUCUGUGCCUCAAUACCGCAGCAGAAGAGAAUCUGUCUAUUUCUUCAAGAGAGGUGGAAUGGUACAGAAAUAUUCCUACAAGUUUGGCACCGCUCCAUCAUGUAACAGGAAACCUCACUAUACCAUUUACACGGUCCGCCACAGAAUGGUGCGACAUGCAGAGUCACUUUUGGGACCUACGAUCAACAUCCGAACUGCCUGGCGAGGAUUCCCUACGACAGUCACCUCGGCCGUUUCCGUCCCCAGUUAUAGAGAACCAGAGGGCUACAGAUACUACGUCUUCUCUAGAACUAAAUCCUACAAUAUUAGGAUGUAUGGUGACCAGCCUGUUGUCGCUUCUCCGAGAGAAAACCCAACAGCUCAGAACAACUUCAUCAACUGCCCCAAAACGCUCUGAUGACCACAGACUUCACACUUCAAGAAGCUUUCGCACUGGACUGCUUUGAAACCUUUAAUAACAUUUUUCAGACAUCACUUCAGGGAUGUCCAGAUCACGUUUGUACCAAAGUCCGAAAAAAAAGUUCAUUUUAAUAAUUUUACUGUCCCACCGUGCCUCCAUGAUUUUUAUUUUUUUUAAACAAUAACGUAGAAAAACGCUCGUCUUUAUAAUGCUUCAUUGAGUGAGUCCACUCAAUUAGGCUCACGCUGCUAAGAACAGCCGCUCACUUACAGACAAUGAGUUACCAUAGCACACUACCGCUAGUGUUUUAAAAGCUACACAAUGAUUGACACAUUCGACGCAUUUGAAGGUAGCGCUCUCAAGCUUCUCUGGCAAGAUCAAAGCUUGUCAAUCAUCGUUAACUGUAACACGCAAACUCCAGUGCACUGCUGACCAAGAAAAGCAGCAGGAGAGAGAGUGAGAGGCUGUACAACCAAGAAGCAGAAAAACAAAUAAUUUAUUUUCAAUUAAAAACCUGAUCCUCUGAAAAUUCCGAUUACGUGAUGGGGACAUCCCUAAUAAAAGCUACAUUUAUUUGUGAGAGAUAUAAAAGCAAAAAUUUUUUAUUUAUAACAAGUGAACAAAAUCAAGACCAACUGGAGAAGGCUCUGUCAGGAUUUUCAAUUUGUGGAAGAUUCAUCUGGCGAUGCGUCUGCCGUAGACUCCGCGAGAAGGAAAUGCUUGACCUGUUGGAGUACACAUUGUGGUUUUAAGUAUUGCAUACAGAUGCUUAAUAACAUGUGCAUGUAAAGUUACAAAAUGAAAACACUUUCAAAAAGCAUGCAAAAAAUAUUAAUUUUAGAGUCGUUACAUUGUCUGUAAAUGUAUUUAAUACUGUAUGUAAUAAAAAUUGUCCAAAUGUGAA